AUGGAGAAAAAUGAAAUAAGAGCUGUCAUCAAGUACCUCUGCCUGAAAAAAAUGUCUACCAAAGACAUACACAGCGACUUAGAGGAAACAUUGGGGGAGUCUGCUCCUCCAUAUUCCACAGUCGCACGCUGGGCAAAGGAAUUUAAGCUGGGCAGAACCUCCACUGAAGAUGAACAUCGCGAAGGACGCCCUUCCACGUCCCUUACUGGAGAAAACGUAAAAAAAGUGGAAGAUAUCGUGUUGGCCGAUCGAAAGGUGACCGUAAGGCAUGUAGCUGAGGUCACAGGGAUCUCCUAUGGCAGCGUUCAAAAAAUCAUUGUCAACGAAAUGCAUAUGAAAAAGGUCUCUGCGCGUUGGGUGCCGAGAAUGUUAACCGACGAGCAAAAAAGAAACGAGUCGACAUUUCGAGGGUGA